GUACUACUCGGUGCUCUGCUUCUCUCAUUUUGUAGUGAAGUGAAGAACCCUAAAAAUCAUUGCUUUAUUAAAAAGCAUCGAUGGAUUCGGCGUUUGUGGACAGAGCUUGGGACAAAUGGGUUACUACGGGUAACGUUGGUUCUUCAGGUAAUCCAUUGAAGGCUGCUAUUUUGAUUAACUAUGAUCCUACAGGACCUUCUCGUCUCUUAUCAACAAUAGCUAAACAAGAAGGGAUUGAUAUCUAUCCAGUUGAUCUAAAGCAAUUUAUAGAUUUCAUGAGAUGUGGCAAUCUUCCUACUGAGACUUUUGUUCUUGGAUCCAACCAAUACAUAAUAACAUCUAUUCAUGAGAACUGGUUCGCUGCUAGGUGUUUAAACACUUCCCAGCCUGCUGGUGAAGGAGCUAUUGUUAUGCAGACUGCGGUUUACGUGUUGGUUGCUCUAUAUGAUGGAUCAAUUGGUUCAGCUUCUCAAGCUAUGGCUGCAGCUGAUCAGUUUGCAUCGCAGCUGAGUCGGAAAAACUUCUAGCAUCAUCAUUUGCGAAAUCACGAGUAUUUACAUUGUUCUCUGUUAUCAAUGUAAACAAGCUUUGACUAUGUUUUGUGAAGGAUCUUUGUGUUUCGAUAACUGGUUUUUCAUUUUAUCUCAUCUUAAUCAAUUGGUUUUUGAACAAGUCAUAUCAGCAUGUACAGUCGUUUUGAUUCAGUUCCAGUCCUGAAUGCUUGUUGGAUUUCCUUU